GUACUGAAUGGGUGUGUUAGAGCAGCGCCUGGAUGAGCAGCGAGAGCUUGAGUUCGUUGUUCUACAGCUAUUUGAUGCUCAGACAAACAAUUGAAGAAAGGAGGGAGGAUAAGGAUCUGUGGACUUCUUACCGGAUGAAGCCUGAGAACAGAGGCACCUGCUUGAUCAUCAACAAUGAGAAGUUCAAGACUAUGACAGAGCAAAAGGGGACGAUGAUGGAUGAAGUAUAUGCAACUCAGGUGUUUCAGAGUCUUGGGUUUGAGGUUGAGAUUUACAGAGACUGCGACAGGAAAACCAUUCUUUCUAUCAUCAAAGAGACGGCAGCAGAAGAUCACAGUCAGGCGGACAGUCUGGUCUGCAUAGUCUUCAGCCAUGGGGAUGAGGGUCGUGUGUUCGGGGUGGAUGGUCGGGCCGUCAUGCUCCAGGAGCUAACAGCUCCCUUCACUGGAUCCAAGUGUCCGAGCUUGGCUGGGAAGCCCAAGAUGUUCUUCAUCCAGGCCUGUCAGGGAGAGAAGAACAAUGAUCCUGUCACCAUCGAGGCAGACAGUGGGGUCGUCAGUGAUGCUGUGAAACCCCCCACCAUCCCUUCUGAACCAGACUUCCUGCUGGCAAAGUCUACUGUCCCGACCUUCUGUACCUAUGGAGAUCCGGGACAGGGGUUCUGGUUCAUUCAGUCGUUGUGUGGACUUCUCUUCGCCUUGGCGCCAAGGAAAGUCGACCUUCUGUCUAUUCUGACAAGGGUCAAUGAAGACGUCAGUGCAAUACUGGAAUUUGUCUCCUCCCUAAGAAAGAAAGUCAUCAUUCCAUCCUGUGGUGUUCAAAUCCAGGAGACCUCGUAUUCCAUGUGCAGAAUUAAGCGUUCUCACGCGUCUUUUUGGACCCAAGAUUGUCUCUCCUCAAUGUCUGCUUUGGUUGAGGUCCAUGACAGACAGUCUGCUGGACGAGGACGUGGAGCUGGACCUACUUCCAUCAAGCAUUUAAGACAGACUCCUACCUACAUGGGGCAGCUACUGUCCAUUAACUAUCUGAGGAUCAGAAAGGGGAUUGAAGAAAACAAAGAAGAUAAGGAUAUGUUUCCUACUUAUGCCAUGAAGUCUGAGAAGAGAGGCACCUGCUUGAUCAUCAACAAUGUGAACUUCAAGUGUUUGAAAAACAGAGAAGCAACUGAGAUAGAUGAGAUUUUUGCGAGAUCUGCGUUUCCCCUGCUUGGGUUUGAGGUUGAGAUUUACAGAGACUGCGACAGGAGAACCAUUCUUUCUAUCAUCAAAGAGACGGCAGCAGAAGAUCACAGUCAGGUGGACAGUCUGGUCUGCAUGGUCUUCAGCCAUGGGGAUGAGGGUCGUGUGUUCGGGGUGGAUGGUGGGGCCGUCAUGCUCCAGGAGCUAACAGCUCCCUUCACUGGAUCCAAGUGUCCGAGCUUGGCUGGGAAGCCCAAGAUGUUCUUCAUCCAGGCCUUUCAGGGAGAAAAGAACAAUGAUCCUGUCACUAUCAAGUCUGACAGAGGGGUCGUCAGUGAUGCUGUGAAACCCCCCACCAUCCCUUCUGAACCAGACUUCCUGCUGGCAAAGUCUACUGUCCCGACCAAUAGCACAUUUACCUAUGGAGAUCCGGGACAGGGGUUCUGGUUCAUUCAGUCGUUGUGUGUACUUCUCCGCACCCUGAAACCAAGGAAGGUUGACCUUCUGUCUAUUCUGACAAGGGUCAUUGAAGAAGUCAGUGACAAGGAAUUUAACUCUUUGACGCAGAUGCCGGAAUUUGUCUCCUCCCUAAGGAAGAAAGUCAUCAUUUGAUUCUGUGGUGUUCAAAUCCAGGAGACCUCAUCUCCAAAAUAGAAAAUUGUCCAGAGAGGCAAUGCGGUACUUUGUUCGCUACCUGACCCGCUCAACUCGUGAGUUCCUACCUGUGCAGGCCAACACUCCACCUCACAAGCUGUUUCACUCUUAAAUUGACAGUUGAACUACUGUUUAUCAUCAUCUUCCUUGACAAUCUUUAAUUUGCUUGUCUGUGUUUGAACAAUGUUCCAAUGGGAUGACACCUAGUGGAUUUAAACUGGAAUGUAAAAGAAUAUUGUCUCUAUUGAUAUCAACAAAACAUGUCCGAGGUUUCAAUUAUUUACAAGGAUGUCUGGGCAUUUAAGAGUGAUUUAUUUUGAAUGAUUGUAUGACUAUAUGCAGACUGGUUAUUCUAUUUUAUUUUUUGUGGCACAAUUGUUGUUUGUAAAUGUGUUAUGUUUGAGUGUCCAUUUUGAGUCUUUGUUUGAGUCUAUUUUAUUAGUCCAAUUAAACAAAUCACUUUGACUUCAAUAGUUUCACAUGUAUUUCACCACCAUUUCAUCACCAUUCACGAUUCUAUCUGGGUUUCCACACCUUUCAAAAAUAGAUAAU